CUGCGUGGUCGGUAGUAGUGGGUUUCAGUAGGCCUUUAAGUUGUCCACACACUGAAAACAGUUUGGCCCAGCGUUUUCAAAAGUGUGCGUUUACAGAAAUAUGUGUCUUAAAAGUGUUCAAAUGGACAUGACCCAAACAUUGCUUUAUUUGACACGUCACAUUCCGACCUGGUAAGUGCAGCCGAAAUUGUGCCAUCUCUUAACAUGUAAAAUUGCCCACGUGUACCUAAAGAUGUGUCCACCUGCGUGAGUCAUGUGACUUGUGAGGCCACGCCCACUCAGGGAGGUGUCAGGAGUUGGGUUUCUUCCCCCCUAAGCAGUUUGGAACAAUCAAGAGGCCUCACUCUUGCUCACUUUUCACAAUGAAACAACACUCAGGGGUUAUAUUUCCUUUCUAGAAACAAUGUGUGGAGGGCGUGGACGUGAUGAAGACUUUUCCUAUGUCAGCCAGGUGGUUAAAUAUGCGCUGUUUUUAUUCAACUUCAUCUUCUGGCUCAUCGCCAUGACAAUGAUCGCUAUUGGCGUUUACGCCCGCGUGGAAAAGCAUGCGGAGACGGCCUUGGCGUGUCUCUCGGUGGACCCCGCCUUGAUGCUGCUGGUCAUUGGCGUCCUCAUGUUCAUCAUCACAUUCUGUGGCUGUGUGGGCUCACUGAGGGAAAACAUUUGUUUGCUGCAGUUUUUCUGCAUCAGUCUGACCGUCAUCUUCUUGCUCCAACUGGUUGCUGGUGUGCUGGGAUUUGUCUUCUCAGAUAAGGCGCGAAACAAAGUCACCAAAAUGGUGACCAACGCCAUCGUGCACUACAGAGACGACAUCGACCUGCAGAACCUCAUCGACUUUGGCCAGAAAGAGUUUGGCUGCUGUGGUGCUGUGUCGUACGGCGACUGGUCCAAAAAUAUGUACUUCAACUGCACUACGAGCAAUCCCAGUCGGGAACGCUGCUCUGUGCCCUUCUCCUGUUGCAUCAUCACCAAAGACAAGGUGAUCAACACCAUGUGCGGUCAGGGCAUGCAGGAGAUGGAAUACAUUAAAGCAGGUGACCACAUCUACACCAACGGCUGCAUAGACAAACUGGUGGACUGGAUCCACAGCAACCUUUUCCUCCUUGGCGGCAUCGCCCUGGGACUGGCUAUCCCUCAGCUCGUGGGCAUCGUCCUGUCUCAGAUUCUCAUUAAUCAGAUUAAAGACCAGAUUGAGCUGCAGAACUACAAGUUCCAGCACAGCACGGACCCGUGGCGCUGAAAGCAUGGCGCACACCAGCAGGUGAUGCCACUUGUUGCUCGGCGGGAUUAGUUGGAUGCAAUCAGGAAACAAAGUGGUCACUCGACAACUGCAACCUCUGCCCCACACGGCACAGAAAGGACAAGGCGAGUCGGCCUGAAACAGGAAGUCAGAUAGUUGAUGAAAUGAUUGCAAAAAUGUAUUUUUGUUGUUUUCACUGAUGUAUUAUUAUUCUUCCAUUUUGUUUUUCGUCCUCUGUACCGACCACAUUUUUCAUUUAAUUUAUCCUGUUCCAACGUCUCAAAUGUUCGGCCCAUUCAGGACACGCAGGCUUCUUAAACGCAAUUUCCUCAAAUUCCCAGAAGUCCAAGUUUUCAGAGGCCUUUUUCCAAUUCAAAGUGAAUGGGCCAUUUUUCAAACUUGCACAAUUCCCACAUUUCCCAACUGACUCAAACCGAUCCACACUCCACUCAGCCUGGACAUUUAAACCAACAAAUCCUUCUACAAAUUCCCCGGUUUUUACCGGAAUCCCCACUUUAAAAUGCCACCGUUUUUACCUUUUUUUGCUUUCGAUGACUCCUCCCACAUUUUUCAAUGGAUUUCAACUGUUCCACCAUCAAAACAUUCCUCUUAGUUAGGACAGCAAUGGUAAUUAUUUUCUAAACACUUAUUCUCUCUUAAGAAUUUCUCGACCGAUUAAGAAAAUUCCAACACCAACCCAUCCUGUUUGCAAAGGACAUUUGUGCUAUGUCCCAAAUUCCAAAUACACUAUAUUGCCAAAAGUAUUUGGCCACCCAUCCAAAUGAUCAGAAUCAGGUGUCUAAAUCACUUGGCCCGGUCAAAGGUGUAUAAAAUCAAGCACUUAGGCAUGGAGACUGUUUCUACAAACAUUUGUGAAAGAAUGGGCCGCUCUCAGUGAUUUCCAGCGUGGAACUGUCAUAGGAUGCCACCUGUGCAACAAAUCCAGUCGUGAAAUUUCCUCGCUCCUAAAUAUUCCAAAGUCAACUGUCGGCUUUAUUAUAAGAAAAUGGAAGAAUUUAGGAACAACAGCAACUCAGCCACAAAGUGGUAGGAGUUAUGGUGUGGGGUUGUUUUUCAGGAGUUGGGCUUGGCCCCUUAGUUCCAGUGAAAGGAACUUUGAAUGCUCCAGGAUACCAAAACACUUUGGACAAUUCCACGCUCCCAACCUUGUGGAAACAGUUUGGAGCAGGCCCCUUCCUCUUCCAACAUGACAGAGUCUGGUGUGGAUGAACUUGACUGAGCUGAACCCGAUAGAACACAUUUGGGAUGAAUUAGAACAGAAACUGAGAGCCAGGCCUUCUCGACCAACAUCAGUGUGUGACCUCACCAAUGCGCUUUUGGAAGAAUUGUCAAAAAUCCCUAAAAACACACUCCGCAACCUUGUGGACAGCCUUCCCAGAAGAGUUGAAGCUGUAAUAGCUGCAAAAGGUGGACCGACAUCAUAUUGAACCCUAUGGGUUAGGAAUGGGAUGGCACUUCAAGUUCAUAUGUGAGUCAAGGCAGGUGGCCCAAUACUUUUGGCAAUAUAGUGUAUGUCUCCGGUUUUCCCAACAGUCCCAAAUCUCAAGGAAAUUCCCAUUGAAAUGAAUGGGAUUGUUUUCCUGUGACACAUGCUUACUAUUAGCAUGCUAGCAUAGUAACUUUUUUAGCUGAUUUUGCAGCCGUACGUCUCAGUCAUAAUACUUAGUACUUGAGACAUGCUAACUUGUUCAGCUAAUUGUGCAGCCGUACACCUCAGAGUCAUAUAACCUGGUACUUGACACACGUUAACAUUAGCAUGCUAACCUUUUUAGCCAAUUGUGCAGCCGUAUACCUCAAAGCCAUGAAACCUGAUAUUAGACACAUGCUAACCUUAACAUGCUAAACUUUUUACGCCAGAAUUUUUUCCUAAAUACGUUUUGACUUAGUAAUCAUGGAGUAUGUUACUUGGCGCCAUCUUGAAAGUAUGCAUAUGUUCUUAUGUUAGCAUGCUAACCAUAUCAUGUUAACGUUAGCAUUCUAGCGCUAUAUGUUUGCAUUUUAGCUAAUUAUGUUUGUAUGUUUUAUAACUUACCCUGUUAGCAUGCUAAAGUCGGCAUGUUAAUGUUUUAUGCUAGUAAUUUAGCAAACUUUUUAUGUUUACAGCUAAAAAUGUCCAAUUUAAUUACUUGUGACUCUCUUGGAAGUUUGUCAACUUUUUUAAUGUAAGCAUGCUAAACUUUUUUCUAGCUAAUUAUACACCUCUGAUUUAUAUUGUAUGUUCAUUCAUACUAUUACAGCACACAAUUGUCAUUUCCAUAUUUGGAAUAAGUUCAAAUCAAUUUACAUUCCACCAGCUUUGCAGUUCCAUCAGCAAUUCAGUUCAGCUUCAGCAUUUUAACAUUCACAUGCAGUUUCUAAUUGUUUUUUUUCCCACUACACCACUAUCUGCUGAAUAUGGUGGAAAUACCCGUUCUGGUUGCUUUGAGAGAUAUUAAGAAUUACUAGAGAUGUCCGAUAAUAUCGGCCUGCCGAUAUUAUCGGCCGAUAAAUGCUUUAAAAUGUAAUAUCGGAAAUUAUCGGUAUCGUUUUUUUUAUUAUCGGUAUCGUUUUUUGUUUUUUUUGUUUUUUUUA